AUGCCGCUCAGCUACGAAGUCUUCAUCACCCCGCCGCUCGCGUUCGCGACCAAGGCCCCGCCGCCGCCCGACGGCGCGCAGUCCGAGUGGAACCCGCUCUCCACGACCCUCAUCUCGGGCGAGCGCGACGCAGUCCUCGUCGACCCGCCCUUCACGAUCAAGGAGACCGAGGCCGUCGCGCAGUGGUUCGCCGGGAAGAACAAGCGCCUCACGCACAUCUUCGUGACCCACGGACACGGCGACCACUGGUUCGGCGCGGCGUCCCUGCUCAAGCGGUUCGGCGGCGUCGUUGUCGCGAGCGCGGGGACGAUCAAGGAGAUGGAGAAGAGCCGCGUCGUCAAGGACGCCUACUGGGGCGCCAUCUUCCCUGGGCACAUUCCUGCGGACAUCGCCAUCGAGCCGCUCGCCGCGGAGAGCUUCGCGCUCGAGGGCGAGACGCUCGCCAUCGUCGAGGCGGGCCACACGGACACGGACGCAAGCACGUUCCUGCACGUGCCGAGUCUUGACCUGCUCGUCGCCGGAGACGUGGUCUACGACGGCCCGCACCAGAUGCUCGCGGAAGGCGCGGGCGACGGGCUCGAGCAGUGGCUCAAGGCCGUCGACAUCGCAGAGAGCUACAAGCCCAAACUCAUCGUCGCGGGGCACAAGGUCGCCGGGCACGACGACGACGCCGCGCGCAUCCUCGGCGAGACGCGCGCGUACCUCCAGACCGCGGUCGCGCUGCGCUCGUCCGCGGCCGACCCCGCCGCGUGGUACAAGGCUAUGAGGGAGAAGUUCCCCCAGCGUACCAACCCCCACGUUGCUUGGUUCGGCGCGCUGGCUCUGUACAAGUAG